GAAAAACACUGACCUAUGAUACUUGAGAGAUAAGAUCAAGAUUGUAACAACUUUCACUAAAGGAACUGUUGUAAAUUGAGAACUACCUGUAUUGCUUCCUGUGUCAUGCCACUGAAUUGGAAACAUCUCUGAAUUAAAUGGACUUUGGUCAGAUAUUGGCAAAGUAUCAGGAAUUUGUGUGCUAUAUUUAGAUGGAACCAUAUCUGGACCAAAUUUAUAGGCGGGGGGAGGGGGGAUUGGUUGUACUAAAGUUCUCUAUAAAUUUCUAUAUGGGUUCUAUGAACUCAGUUGCCGCAACUGAAGACAAAGCGAAAGCCGAAAGUAAAGUUUUGCUGGCCGACGCAAGACUUAUAAAGCCCUGGAAAUACGCACCCUUUCCUUCCGCCCCGUCCUGGGACGGCGUCGGUCUCUGGGCUCUAUGCUCAUAUUUGGAGCUGAUCGAGCAGCUGCCGUGCAAGGAAUUUCCCGUCGUGCCUUUUGGAGAGGUUGCUUGGCUGGGCCGUGGGGGUGGAGGGUGCCUUUGGCCCGAGGCGGCUGCGGGAACAGUAGCUACUUUUUCUCCUGCCAAGGCUGCGCUGCUUUAUUUCGCUGCCUCGCCUGUCCAUGCGCGCCGAGCCUCCCUCGCUCCUGAAUUGAUUCUGCGCGGCGGCGGCGCUUACGCAGAUACCAGCUAGGGGAACCGUGGUCCCUUGGCAAAGGCCAGGUUAUCCUCCCGUCUCUUUCUCUUCGGAUUUCUAGAUUGUUCGAUCCGGCCUGCGUUGCUUGAGUCACAGGCUUUGACACAUGCCAGAUGGCUGCAAUUGGUAGGCGUGCAGGCUGCCUGGUGCUACAGUUGAUGAAACAGAAUAGGAAGACCUUUUAUGAUCAGCUGCUGGAUCCCAGUAAGACUACAGCUUUGCUAGCUGUUGCCCCUGUUCUUUGCCUCUGGUUGUGUUGGUGACGAUAUUACAGUGAUGUCUGCAUUCAACCUACUGCAUUUGGUGACAAAGAGCCAGCCAGUGGCCCUGCAAGCCUGUGGGCUUCCCUCAGGGUCAUGUAGGGGAAAAAAGAACAAAAAGGUGACUUUUUCUCAUGAAGAACUGAGAAAACGGCUGACACCCUUGCAGUACCAUGUUACUCAGGAGAAAGGAACUGAAAGUGCUUUUGAAGGAGAAUAUACAUAUAAUAAAGCCAUUGGAAUAUAUAAAUGUGUUGUUUGUGGAAGCCCUUUAUUCAAGUCUGAAACAAAGUUUGACUCCAAUUCAGGUUGGCCUUCAUUCUAUGAUGUAAUCAACUCUGACACAAUUACAUGUACUGAUGACUUCUCAUUUGGGAUGCACAGGGUUGAGACAAGCUGCACUGAGUGUGGUGCUCAUCUUGGCCAUAUAUUUGAUGAUGGGCCACGUCCAACUGGAAAACGAUAUUGCAUAAAUUCAGCUUCAUUAGCUUUUGAGCCUGUAGACAAGAAUCAUGCUGGAGAAGACAAUGCUAGUUCUACAUCUGCACAACCAGACAAGACAGAGUUGUAAUGGGAAUCUGUUGUUUAACAUUGUUUUCCUAGAUGACAUGGAAAGAAUAUUUCUAAAUGAUUUUCUAGCUUACAUACUAUUUUUAAAAUAUACAAAAAUGUAUACAGCUUUUUCCCUGAUCAAAAUGAGAUGCUAAUUUCUUUUCUUAUAUAACCCGGCAUAACUAUUUCACAACUUCUGUGCUUUGAUCUCAUAACAAAUUGUCUUUUGACACUAUGGUGUUGAUUACUUGCAUUUUUCUUAUGAUAAGUCUGAAUUAUAUUCUUUCAUAUUUUUCAUUCCUUUCAUUCAGUACACAACCAUGGUAAGAAAACAGUUUUCUAAUGCUACUUAGAUGAUUUUGUUUUGAUUUGCACAUAUACAUGGUUACGAGCGUUCCCUUAGCAAACAUACGCAAUAAGCGCUCCCCUAGUGUUUAUGAACAAGUCCUGAAACUACUAAAGUGCAGCUUCACGGCAGCCCUUAUGAAUGACCACAGAGGCUCUGCAACAUUCACCCUGCCUAUUUUCCUCCCCCCACCCAGUCUUCAAAGGCACUAGGCCUGUGGAUAAUCACCUUGCGAAGAUCUAGAGACCCUUCACUUUCUUGGUCUGUUUUGGCACUUCAGGCCCUUGGUGAGUACGCAGAGAUUGAAGGCCUAAAGUACUGCAAGAUCAUGUGAGUUCAGUAUUGUGAGAUCUCAUGCUAUUGAUCUAUCGUGGUGUCACAAUACUUUAGACCUCUGUUCUCUGAAAACUAAGGCCUGGAUGAGAUCUUCAGAAAAAGGCUUUGCAAACCGAGGGAAGGCCUGAAAUAUCAAAACUUUCCCUCCAUUUGCAAAGACUUUUACCAUCCUUGCAAAAAGCCUUUGCAACCCAAAAUGGAGCUCCGCAGUUCCCUUUUGGUGUGUGCAGGCCUUGUCCAGCACUUUCCAGCCCAAAACGAAGCUCCUUUGGGCUGUAAAAUUCCGGACAAGCCCUGCACAUGCCAAAAUGGAGCUUCAGAAGGGCGUGGCAGGCUGGAGAGGAGACAGCUUGCUAGAUCUUCGCAUAGUAAGUGACCCAGCGUGGCAGGUUGGGUGGGAGGAAAAGCAAUUGUGGGGAUCAUGAGAUAUUUCAGUUGGUCGGGAAGGCCUUGGGUGGUCUUAAACAGGUGGCCUGUUCCAUCACUAGGCCUCCCCCCAUUUCCCACCCUGAAAUAUCUCAUGUGCACUUAACGAACCACGCAUCUGAUUAGUGAAUGCGUGGGCAAAAGGAGUGAGUGAGCUAUACCCAUUCAAGGUAUAAGAUUAACUCCCACUAAUCCUCGGGUUAUAAAUGGAAUGGGAAGGCUCCAUUAUAUUCGUAACUUGAGGACUACAUGUAGUCAACUAACUGGCUGUAAUUCUUGUACAAUCUUAGUAUAAUCAACCCAAUUUUGUCUUGGAUUUCUGCAAAGUAUACAACUACAUAAAUGGCAACCAUACAUCCCUGUCUUCAGUUAGAUAAAUACUAUUUUUUUAAAAAAAUUAAAUAAGAUCACAUUUAUAUCAAACAGCUUAGAAAAGAUAGUAAAUUUACUCCUUUAUGUAGCAGGUGGCUUUCCUUUGGAACAUCUUAAGAGGCCAGAGUAGUCACAAUACACUUUUAAAAGCUAUGGAUGAAGACUGGUAAUCAUAGACCAGUUUCCUCAUACUUGUAAUGACAGUUUUAAAAAUCCUCAAUUCUCAAAAUGUAUUUAUCUCCUCAAAAAGUCAAAAGAGGAAUCAUAGAAUAGUCUGCAAACAUGAGGAAGAUUAUUUUAUUUUGUGAUCCUAUGCGAAUUAAAAAACAUGUAUUGCCUUACCAAUUAGCAUUGUCCUGGGAAAGUUAAUACCUCAUUAAAUGGUACAAAUCUUCCUGAAAUUUCCCUUAACAGCGACAGUGUGUAGCUAGGAAAGUCCUAUUGUAAGCAUUAGAUUGCUAUGCCUACAUUACCUUUUUAUUACUAUUUGGGAGAUAAUCACUUAGGCUGUAUUCUGUUGCUCCUUUUCAACUUCUAUAUGAAGAUCCACUAUCCUUGUGUCAUGUCCACUUGCAUUAGAAUAAAGAGACAAUACUUUUUCAUAAACAAUAAAA